AUGAUACUAGUAUCAUGCACACGAUGGCCGACUCAUGUUGGAAUUCCGUGGAGGUCUGACGAAGAGCUGCUUGAGAUCUCUUGCAUGAUAAUGGAACAAGAGCAAGCAACUAAGAGAAUUGUAGCAAGCACAAUAGCCAUGAUAUUUGACCUUAUGGACUGGAUGUUACCUCUGCUAAACAAGUCCAAGGUUUUCCUCAGAUCACUAUGGAGAGACAAGUUCGACUGGGAUACAGCGCUACCGCCAGACCGCAAGCUCGAGUGGCAAAGGAUAUGCGAAUGUAUGAACGGCUUCAAGAAGUUAAACCCAAGGUUUCUUUCCAUGAAACACCAACAAGCAUCUCUCAGUACAUUCGCUGAUGCCAGCAACGAAGCUAUGGCGGCAAGCGUAUAUCUACAGAGUGAAGAAUCCAUUAAUCUUCUCUUUGGAAAAAGCAAACUACCAUCGCUCAAACAUGAAGCGACGAUACCCAAAAUGGAGCUAAACGCAAUGACCCUGGCAGUGAGGGUAACCAAUGCGGUACUAACACAACUUCAAUCGGUAAUGAAGAUUCGGCAAGUUUACAUUUUCUCGGACUCGGAAUCGUACUCAACUGGAUAA